AUGACGUGGGGUGCAGGCAGCCCCCUGGCCUGGCUCUCAGCUGGCUCUGACAACGUGAACGUGAGCAGUGUGGGCCCAGCAGAGGGUCCCACGGGCCCAGCUACAACACUGCCCUCACCCAGGGCCUGGGAUGUGGUGCUGUGCAUCUCAGGCACCCUGGUGUCCUGCGAAAACGCGCUGGUGGUGGCCAUCAUCGUGGGCACUCCCACCUUCCGCGCCCCCAUGUUCCUGCUAGUGGGCAACCUGGCUGUGGCAGACCUGCUGGCAGGCCUAGGCCUGGUCCUACACUUUGCUGCUGUCUUCUGCAUUGGCUCGGCGGAGAUGAGCCUGGUGCUGGUGGGUGUGCUGGCAAUGGCCUUUACUGCCAGUGUCGGCAGCCUACUGGCCAUCACUGUUGACCGCUACCUUUCUCUGUACAAUGCCCUCACCUACUACUCGGAGACAACAGUGACACGGACCUACGUGAUGCUGGCUCUAGUGUGGGGGGGUGCCCUGGGCCUGGGGCUGCUGCCUGUGCUAGCCUGGAACUGCCUAGAUGGCCUGAUCACAUGUGGCGUGGUAUAUCCACUCUCCAAGAACCAUCUGGUGGUCCUGGCCAUUGCCUUCUUCAUGGUGUUUGGCAUCAUGCUGCAGCUCUAUGCCCAGAUCUGCCGCAUCAUCUGCCGCCAUGCCCAGCAGAUUGCCCUCCAGCGACACCUGCUGCCUGCCUCCCACUAUGUGGCCACCCGCAAGGGCAUUGCCACACUGGCUGUGGUGCUUGGCGCCUUUGCUGCCUGCUGGUUGCCCUUCACCGUCUACUGCCUGCUGGGCGAUGCCCACUCCCCGCCCCUCUACACCUAUCUCACCCUGCUCCCCGCCACCUACAACUCCAUGAUCAAUCCCAUCAUCUAUGCCUUCCGCAACCAGGACGUGCAGAAGGUGCUGUGGGCCAUCUGUUGCUGCUGUUCCUCUUCCAAGAUCCCCUUCCGAUCCCGCUCCCCCAGUGAUGUCUAG